UAUAUGAAAAUUAUUUUAAGAAAAUGUUAAAAUAUUUAUUUCAUAUGUUUAUAAUCUGCUCAAUUCUAAACUUAUAGUAACCCCCAAAGAAAAACCUCAAGAAUUUUCAUAGUCCUAAUAAUUAAUACUUAUUGAAUAAAUAGUGUAAAUUUAUUCAUUAUAAAAAAAAUAAAAAUAAAAAUAAAAAAAGUGUUUUUUUAAGAGAAUUUUUUUGCAGACAAUUGACUCACUGUUUGAGACGACAUGAAAUCGUGUAUUGAUUUUUAAUGCCUAAUCUGUUUUUCAUUUUCUGAUUCUAACUUCUCCCAAUCAGAACAUAUAUAUAUAUAUAUAAUUACAACUUCUUGGUGUAAAAGGAGGAUGAAGCUAAUACAAUCGAACCUGGUUCGUCGUCUUUAUAGUUUAAUACAUUCUCAAUCAUACCGUACGAUUCGUUUCGACGGAGCUAAGCCGCGGCCCCAACCAGAAAGACGUCGGCCAUCUUCGUCUAAGAUUCGCAAUCCCACGCCUUUUGUGUCCGAUGUUAAACAAGUAAACGACCCAGAUGAAGCUUUGUCUCUGUUCCAUGAGUACACCCAAAUGGGUUUCAAACACGAGUACUCUUCCUACUCUGCUCUAAUUUAUAAGCUGGCUCGUUUUGGGAACUUCGAAAUUGUUGAGACCAUUCUCAAUCAAGUUCGAGAAAGGAACGUUCGGUGCGAAGAGAAACUUUUCAUUGCUUUGAUUCAGCAUUAUGCUAAGGCCAAUUUGAUGGAGAAAGCAAUUGAGAUUUUUGACAAGAUUCCAUCUUUCAAUUGUGAACGGACGCGUCAGUCCUUCAAUGCUCUCCUUAAUGUUCUUGUCGAUGGUGGUCGGUUUUCUGAUGCAAGAGCGGUUUUUGAUCGUUCCUCUAAGAUGGGUUUUCGUCCAAAUUCGAUUUCUUUCAAUAUAAUGAUCAAGGGUUGGCUUGAGGAAGGUGAAUGGGAAGAAGCGUGUAAGGUGUUCGAUGAAAUGCUUGAGAGAAAAGUUGAGCCUAGUGUUGUGACUUAUAAUAGUUUGAUUGGCUAUUUGAGUAAAAAAGGUGAGUUGGAUAGAUCUUUGGGCUUGCUUGAGGAGAUGAUCAAGAAAGGAAAACAUCCUAAUGUUGUGACAUAUGCAAUGAUAAUGGAAGGUUUGUGUUUGUUGGGAAAGUAUUCGGAAGCAAAGAAGAUGAUGUUUGAUAUGGAUUAUCGAGGGUGUAAACCAAAGCUUGUGAACUUUGGUAUUUUGAUGACUGAUCUUGGAAAAAGAGGUAAGAUUGAGGAGGCAAGAGCUUUAGUUAGUGAGAUGAAGAAAAGGAAGUUUAAACCUGAUGUUGUGAGCUAUAAUAUAUUGAUAAAUUAUCUGUGCAAGGAAGGUAAGGCAAUGGAGGCAUAUAAAAUUUUGAUGGAAAUGCAAGUUGAAGGUUGUGAACCAAAUGCAGCUACAUACAGGAUGAUGGUUGAUGGGUUUUGCAGGGUGGGCGAUUUCGAAGGUGGUUUGAAGGUUUUGAAUGCAAUGCUGAGAACUAGACACUGUCCUCGUUUGGAAUCGUUUAGAUGUUUAGUGAUAGGUUUAGUGAAGUGUGGUAAGCUUGAAGAUGCUUGUUUUGUUCUUCGGGAGAUGAGAAAGAAAGAUAUGGAAUUCGAUUGUGAAGGAUGGGAAGCUGUGGUUGUAGAAUUGUGUGGUGGUGAUGUGGUUUCAUGUAGCAUGGUAACUGAACUAAUUUCUGCAGCCUAGCAGUGUGACAUGAAUAGAAUUUUAGUUUCACUAAAAUUACUAACUAUGUUUGCAAGAAAAACUCAUAUUGCUAUCCUUUGGCCUAGAUGAGUGUUACAAAGAUGGAUGGAACUUUUGAUUAGUGAUGUGAAAGGGAAAAGUGAUAACAAAAUUGCAGUCCUUUGGAGAUGAAAUAAGUGUUUUCUUUUUUCUACUAAUUGUGGCCAUUGCAAAUUGCAAAGCCAGUAAGUGUUGAAAUUUUUAACUUCACAAUACUUGUGUUGAUACAGGAUUAUUGCAUACAAAAUAAUCAGAGAAUGAACUCUUUUUCAUUGGAUA